GUACAUGAUUAAAGUGUAAUCACGAGCGUAAUCUUCAUAUUUGAAUGCAUUGAAAACUAAAUUGAAUAUAUUUUCAUUAAUCUUGGAGUUUGUAUUAUUUUAGUAAUGAUUUAAUAUAAAUGUUUCAAGUGCUACAAAAAUGAUGAAAGUACCAAGUGGAUAUUGUGAUUUGCGUGUAGAGCACAUCAAUGACAGUAUUAUCGAUACAUACGUUAACAGUAAGUAACUAAUAUUUUUGUAAAAUUAGAAAAAAACUUGGUUCAGUAUCAAUUUUUAAACCUAACUUAUAUAAGUUAAUAUGAUAUGGUGUGUUUUAUAAAUUAUGAUGUGAACCUUAGUACUGUCUUAGAACACUAAAUGUGUUCUCCACAUUUUAUUCAUACUACAUGGGUUCUUUUUACUGAGACAAUGUUGCUCUAUACUAGAUAUAGAACAAUAUACAUUUUUAACUCAUAAAACAUACUUAAUUAUAUAAUAAGGAUACUUAUGUUAUAAUAAUAUAAUAUUUUUGUUAAUAUUAUUGAAAAAGAAUUUGUAAUUUAUGUUCAUCAAAUUAAUAUACAUUUUUGAAUGCCUUAUUAUUUUUAUUUAAUGGUUAUUAAAUAUGGUUACCUAUAAAUAUUAAUGAUUUCUGAACAACCACAUUAUUUUCAGACAUAUUAUUCGUAUACCUUUAUAUUUACAAUAUAUAUAUAAUAAUAUUUGUAUACAAUUUAAGUACUUUUUUUUAUAUAUGUAGGUGGAUAUUCAGUAAUUGCUGUUAAUACUACAGUGAAUUAUUCACUUUUGGGAGUUGGUAGCUCAAAUAGAAAAAAAAGAAAAAUUGCAGAAUGUAAUGAUGAAGUUAAUAAAGAUCAAGACUGGAUACCAAUUCCCAAAUCAGCAAACAAUGUAAAUUAUAAACAUAAACUCUUAUUUUAAUUUAUUUAUAUAAAUAGUUAACAUAAUAUUUAGUGAAUUAUUAGGUAUUCUAUCCACUAGUAUUAAAUUAAUUUGAUGGUUUAUAGGAUGAAAUUUUGUAUUUUAUUUAUUUUAUAGAAUUAAAGAAAUAUUUAAUGUGAAAAGUCGAGAAAAACAAAUGUUAUAGGCAUGCCAUUGUACACAUUAUGCAGCGGCAGCAGCUAUGGAGUGCAUAGAGUGCAAAGUUUUGCAUUAGUCACACAUGUACAUUUGACUAUUUCAUUCCCACUACUGGCACAAUUACUAUUAGACUUGUGGUGUGUUGGUGCAUAAAUUAAUAUUUCACUUCCGCGGCCAUACAGCCGUCUGUCGCUGCUGAUGGAGAAUAUCAUGUAUUAGGAACUGAUUAUUUCUUUUGAAUAAUAUUAAAUUUGUUCAGCAGACUGUGUUAGCUCAAAAAAUACUCCAUAGAAAAUACUGACUGAACCAGUUUACAUUCAUUCCAUAAAUAAUGUUGUUUAAUAAAACGUAACAAAACAAACAUUAUUCUCAAAUAUAUUGCAGAUUUCUAUCUAAGAACCAACUAUAAAUAAAAAAAAGAAAUACAAUUAUAUUCAUAUUUCAAUAAAAUAUUUGUUUUAGUUUCUGUUUUCUGAAUUGACUGUACUUAUUGUAUACAAUAUUUUAAAUGUGCACCACUAAUUAUUUUACCUACAAGCCGCCACUGUUUACAAGUAUAAUUUAUUGUCACAUCAUCACCCAAUUUUACACCCAAAUGUGCAUUUUCUUAACUAUAGUUUAAUUAUUUGCUAGAAUAUUGAAACAAACAACACUGAAUAUAAAUUUGCCAUUUGGUAAGAUAUAGGUGUUCCAUAUGUAUUUUUCAUUCUCUAAUUUAUACGGAUUUUUAGGAUAAUUUAAAAUUGACCAUACUCAAUCGAUUAACAAUACAAAUAACAAAUAUUGGACAACUUCAACAAACUGUAAGCAAUAUAUUGUAUUAGUAUGUAAAAAGUAAAUAAAUAAUUUGUUAUUUUAUUUUAGGUGAGUUCUCGAAAUUUCUCUAAGUAUAAUAUUCUAGCUGUCGAACCAUUGGAUGAUAGAAUUAUCCAGGUAGUAAUAUUUGGACAGUAUUAUAGUAGUUAAUAAAAAGUUAGCUAUAUAAAAACUUCUUACUAUACUCGUGCCACCGAGAGAAUGCUACUGGGCUAAAACUUACUGACCAAAAUUUGUCCGUUCUCUUGCAUUCUCACCACUAAACUCAUGCAAGUGCUGGCCGCCGCCGCCACCAUCUGCACCACCAUCGCUCACUAAUGGCUACCGCCAUUAUCGUUAUCGUUACCAUUACCGUUGUCAUAUUGUGUAUACAGCGUGUACUGUAUUGUUCUACGUUUUUAUGUUUAUAUGUUAUUGCAUAAAUAAGCCAAGUUUUUCAUUUUUCCUUGUUUUAGUGUUUACUAUUUUAGUACAUAGUUUUUAGACUAUUAAAUGCAACAUGGACCUCGUUGAGAUUUCUCCUUCCAAAAAAAAUACUUGUGGAAAAGUAAGUGUUUGUAUAACUAUUUUUCUAUUGCAAAUUCUUAAUUUUUAAACAAAUAUAUUAUUUUUUUUAGUUUGUUGGUACUGCUCAAAAGCAGAUCAUUAUAAAACUGUACAAAGACAAAGUCAGGCAACAACUUCAAAACCCAGACAGCCUCCGAUUGACCUAUAGACAGAUGCUUGUCAAAAUUUUUAUGUCAAGUAGUAUUGGACAACGUACCAUACAAACAACUUUGACCGAAUAUAAAAAAGAAGGAACAGUUUCAUCUCCUUAUAAGUAAAAAAUGAGAUAUAUAAUCCUUCAAAAAAUGGAUAAUUUCGAUAAAAAUGCCAUUAGGUGAAAAAUACAUGGCUUUUGGUUGAACCGUGAAGUGUCUAGUAAGGUAAAGUAAAGUAAGGUAAAUUCACCAAGUGAUGCAUUCCUUAGAGACCUCACCACAGGACAAAAAGAACCCUCUGGUAAAAUUAAACGGCUGAUUGUAUUACACAUCCGAUCAACUGAUGGCUUUGUCCCUGGGGGCCUUUUGUGCUUCGAAUCAAAAACAAAUUCAAUAGACUAUCACUAAGAAAUGAAUGGUGAUACUUUUUUUCAAUGGAUCGUAAAAAUGUUGCCAUUACUUAAAGAAAAUGCUGUAAUUGUAAUGGACAAUGCUCCAUGUCAUUCGGUUAAGAAAGAUAGAAUUCCAGUAAUGUCUUGGAAAAAAGAAGAUAUUAUAAGUUGGUUGGAAAGUAAAGGUGAAAUUGUUACCCAGCCAACCAUAAAAGCGCUGUUAUUGGAAAAAGUCCAGACAAUGAAAUCUCAAUAUGUCAUAGAUGAAUACUUAAAAGACAAUAACAAAACCAUAUUAAGAUUGCCUCCAUACCACUGCGAGCUGAACCAGCUCACCUGGUCAUCUGUCAAAAGCUAUGUUCGGACACAUAACAACACAUUCAAGCUUAGAUAUAUAGAAGAUAAAUUAAAAAGAGAGGUGGAACAUAUAACACCGAAUUUUGUGGGACAUGUCCUAAAGGAUAAACAGAAAUUUUGGGAUGUCGACAACAUAACUGACGAAAUUAUGGAUGCAGAACUUAAUGGAGAAAAGUCAUAUUCUAACAAUGGGAACAGGUUCAACAACAGAAUCGGAUUCAAACUGAAAUUGGUUUUCAAUUUUGUAUUUUUAUUAAUUUUUUUUCGGUAUUAUUUAAACAAAUGUAUGUAUUUAUUAUUGUUGUAUAGGUAAAAACAUACAUAUAGGUACCUACUAUGUGUUACAGUCACCAAGAGUUAUUAUUUUCGUUGUUAUUAUUUUAGUACGCUGUAUACAACUUGUUUUCCGCUUGGCCGUGCAGUUUACAGCUGUAAGUAGGCAGUAGAAUAGAAGAAAUGUAGGCACGAAACCGCGAAAUUCGUUAAUUAUAGAUGCGCAAAGGAGUAGCGUGUGGUACGAGUAUAGUUUAAAUUCUAUAAUUGUUUUGUAUGUAUAACUUUAAUCAUUAGUAAAGAUUAGGGCUUAUGUGAUGUAUCAUUUCCAAGUAAUAAUAUUUCAAAAUUUAAUUUAAUAUUAUACAUCUAAUUAUUAUCAUUUACCUAAGUAUUAUUUUUGGGAAUAAAUUUAUGGUCAGUAAUUAAUUUUUCAAAACUAAAAUUAAAUAAUUUAAAUGAUAAUUUCAUAGUUCUAUAAUUUAACUCAAAUGUCUUCUUGGUCAUAUCUAAAUGAUAUAUUUAGUAGUAGUUAAUAAUUCAAAAAUGUAUAUUUAGACUAUAAUAUAGGUAAUAGACAUAGACCUAUUAACAAAUAGUUGUUGUUAAUAGGUCUAUGGUAAUAAGUAUAUAUUUUUUUUAUUUAUAAAUAAAUAUUAUAAAUGUUAUAAUAUUAUUUUAUUAAAAAACUUGGAUUUUAGUCAAACACUUUUUUUUUUGUUUUCAACUAGGAGUUGGUGACUUCACCAUCUAUUGACAUAAUAACUUGUAAAGGAAAUUCUAUGAUGACACCUAAGGACUACCAAGUUGCAGUUAAUAAUAAAAUUUAUUUUGAAAUAUCUUAUGCUGAAAUGUUAAAGAAUUCUGUCACCCGGCAAGACACUUUAACUUUAGCUCAUUUGUUUCAUAUUAAAGGAAAAUUAAAAGUAAAUUAGUAAUUAUUUUUAAUUUUAAAUUUACUUUGUUAAUAAUUCACAAUAAUUUCAGAAUAUUAUCAUUACAAGUGGAAUGUUAAAUAAAUCUGAUAUUCGUAAUCCAUAUGAUGUGAUGAAUUUGUAUCCUUUGAUUAAAACAUUUUAAUUUUGAAUAGCUACAAUAAUGUGAUAAAUGAAUGAAAUAAAAAUAAAAAUUGAAUUAUUUAAAAAUACCUACUAGUAAUAAUAUGAUUUAGUAAACAUAAUUAUUACAGUUACAAAAUUACCUAACUUUACACAUGAAAUAUUGGAAUAAUAAUAAAAAAAAAAAAACAAUCAAGUUAAGAAAUAUAUAUUUUAUAAUUAAAUUAAAACAAAAAAAAUCUUAAGAUUAGAUUUUUAUAAUAUUAAACUAUAACUAUAAUUUUAGAUUCUGAGUGGAGCGAAGAAUGCAUUGGUUUUACAAAGUUGUUUAUUUUUCUUUUAAAGUGAAUACUUUCUACCAGAAGCUUACUCUGAUGUAUACGAUUUAGGCUCUUUUCUGAAAGAAAAUUUGUUUGAUUUCCAGCAGUUUUCCCAAUAAAAGAGAAAGAUUGAGAAAAAACUGGGAAAAUAUAUGAAAUAAAUUAGUAAAAUAUUAUGAUUUUUUUUUCUAUUGUGGAUAACUUUUCUACCAAAAAUUUUGCUUGGAUUUUCAUUGUUAGUACUUUUUCUAAAUGGAAAUUUGAUUGAGGUGGUACUUUAGGGAGGUUAUUUUUCGAUUUUUCCAAGAAUUUUCCCAGAAAAUGUGAAAAAUGUGAAAAGAACAUGGAAAAAGGGUAGGAAAUUGGGUACAAUAAACAAAUAUUAUUAAAGAAAAUGAAGGGCUACAGGGAAGAAUGAUAAUUGCCAAUAUUUCUAAAAUGUUCAGUAUUGCAGUUUUAAAGUUUUAGAACUAUAUUAAAUCCUUAUUAAACUGUAUAUUUAAACCUUUAUUAUAUCACAGACUUUUAAGACAUAUAAAUUUGGUUGGAAACAAAUGACAAUAUGAUAAUAUUAUAAUUAUCCUAUUUUUUAUUUAUUUUUCACUAUUAGUGUCUAGUGUCCUCCUGUAGUCCUUCAAAUAUAUAUUGCCUAUUUAAUUAUUUUACCAUAAUAUAUUAGUAUGACAUUCAUAUUGUUGACAGCAGUAUUAUAAACUGAACUACGCUCAGAAUAGUAUUUUUAAUAAGCAAUGUUUUAUGGUUGCUUACAGAUACAAACUAAUUUCCUCUCUAUUCUUCCUUCCCAACUUCUCACUAACAACAGUGGCUGCACCUCAUUGUCCUAGGACAGGAUAUUAUUACUAAAACUAGUUACUAACAAAUAAAAAAAGUGACACAAUUAAUAAGAGAAUGAAAAAAACAGCACAAAAUAUCUAAUAUAAAUUUUAAUAUUAUUACUUAACUGUGAAUUCAGAGGUUUUACUCUAGGACUUGCCACGAAUCAAUCAAAAGAAUCAAUCACUUAUGGAUGUCACUCAGUUAUUUUGAAAGGAUGUAAGUUGUAUCAUGUAAAAUAAUUAAAAAAAUGUAUUUAAUUUUAAUGAGAUGAUGUUACAAAUUAUUUAUUUCAGAUGAGCGAAAAUUGAAGAAAUCUGCAACAAACUUGAUACCAAUGAAAAGCUCAUAAUCUUAUGUCAAAAUUUCAAUAUAAAUGUAUAUUUCUUAACAUUUUUUUUAUAUCUAAUUUAGUGUGAGUUAUAAAAAUGGAUUUGUAUUUUAAUUUAUUUCUUUAUUAACACUUUUUUGAAUAUCUAUUUAUAUGUAUAUGAUGGACAUAAUAACCAUAAUAAUAAAAUGAAUAAAUAUUGAAAUAAUUGUAUACUAUUGUUCACAUUUUAGAUUCUGAGCGUAGCAAAGAAUGUAUUGGUUUUACAAAGAUUUUAAUUUUUUUUUAAUGGAAAAUAUAAACACUUUAUGAACACAGUCUAUCAGAAAGC